AUGAGUCCAGUCCAACUUCUCAGUGGCAGGCAGCGAUUCUUCGUCAUCCUCGUCAUCACGUUGGCCUCGCUGUGCUCCGGCCAGGCCUUACCGAGGACAGACCCUCCUAUCCGCCCAAAGCAGCCCUUCCUCUUCAUGUGGAACGCCCCGACUGAGCUCUGUGAAACCCGCUUCGGCAUGCCUCUCGACCUUUCCUACUUCCACUUCGUCAGCAGCACCCUGAAGAGUGCGACGAACCAGAGCAUCUCCAUAUUCUACACGGACCGCUUUGGAAUCUUCCCUUACAUCAACGAAGAAACCGGUAAGAUAUUCCAUGAAGGCCUGCCACAGCUGGUCGACCUGCAGGACCACCACCAGGAGGCCGAGGAUGACAUCGAAAAAUACAUCCCUGGAAACCUUCCAGGCCUGGCUGUGCUGGACUUUGAGGAGUGGAGGCCGCAGUGGGUCAGAAACUGGGGCAGCAAAGACAUCUACAGAGAUAUUUCCGUCGAAAUAGUGCAGGAGAAGAACUCGUCUUUGUCCCCUGAUGAAGCCGAGGACCGUGCAAAGAUUGUAUUCGAGGCUGCAGCUAAGAAGUACUUUCUCCGAUCCCUCCGCAUAGGGAAGAGGCUGAGGCCCAACAGACUCUGGGGUUACUACCUCUACCCUGACUGCUACAACUACGACUACAAUCAAGACAUGCUCGGCUUCACUGGAGAGUGUCCCACCAUCGAGAUGGACAGAAAUGAUGAACUACUGUGGCUCUGGAAGGAGUCCACGGCUCUUUUCCCAUCCAUUUACCUCGAGCUGGUACUCAGAGACUCCCUGCAGGCCCGGAUGUUUGUCCGUUACCGUAUCAAGGAGGCGUUGAGGGUGUCAAUGCUCCCAGACAGCUCCUACUCCAUCCCCAUCUACGCCUACAUCCGACCUGUGUACAAAGACAGUGUGGACAACUACAUGUCAGAGGUGAGGCACAACUGUUUUAUGAGCAUAUGUUAAAAGUCAAGGCAGGGAGAGCAGCAGCGAAGACUCCGAGGUACAGAAGCUUGGAGAACCGGAGGCAGCAGGAAGCGUAGGCCGGCUAAAUCAGAGCAUCAGAUUACGUCAUCAAAAUCUUCAACACCUGAUCAGAGGACGGUGCCAGUCUCAGUGACUUAUGACAGUCUGACUGAACCACCUUUUUGUACAUUUACCAUAAAUCCAUUAAAAUCUUAUAUGUUGAUUACAGUAGGGGGUUUUAGACUCUGGCUCUGCAGUAAAAAGUCUAAAAUCUAAAGUCAAGGUGAGACUGCACCAACUCUUUAUCUGUUAUGAUGGUCACUGUGUCAGAUCAGGUGACCUCAGAGCCAAGACUUGUGCAGCAGGCUGACACCAGACCAGCCAUCAGUGUGAUAACCUUGUAAAGGAGGCGGGUCAGGUCAGACAGUGGUUUCAGACUGCACUGCAACUAUUACUCAGCAACAUUUCUCUUGACCGCGACAAACUGAUACCAUCAUCUGAGAACUUCUUAAUUCCUCUUCUGUUUUUGGUUCAUCUGCACUCGUGGCUAUCGCAUGAUCAGAGCUCUGAUUGGUCAACAUCACUGACAUGACAGAACCAAUCAUAACUGUCAAUAAAACAGAAGAGGAAGAAGCAGAACAGAUGUCCAGGGGCCUUCCUGAUGCAGCCUUGAUAGUCAAUCAUUAUAACACACAACAGUUGAUUAACGAUCAAUUUUCAAGGCUGAUGGCGUCCAACAUUUUAUAUCUGUAACUGUGACCUUGACAUGAGAUUAGGACUCCUGAGACGGACAGUUGAAAAGAUGUUGAAAAGCUUUUAAAAGUUUGAUUUUGAUUAAUUCUACAAGGCCUGAGCACCAAGUGUUACCAUGACCCUGUUGGACUACAAGUAUUAUCAUUGUCCUUUUUCAUCCGGCCUAAAACUCCCAAAAUUCAGAGGUUUCAGCUUCUUCUAAAACUCACCGUAUAUUUAGCAUUGGUCUUGUGCAAAACAGGAAGUUCCUGUAACCCCUUCAUAAUAUAUAUAAAUCUAUUUGUAAUAUCUAAUAAAUGAUAGAGGUCCAUCCCUGAUCCCACCUGUAUGCUGAUUUUUUCAUCUGUAGUCAUAGCACCACCCUGUGGAAGAACUAGCUUUUGCAUACAUGUUCAGCAUGCUUUAAAGUUUCUCAAGUUUCAAAGAGGCUCCAGCUCUCACUCAGCACAGAUGACGGCUCCAGCCUGAGGUUGAAGCUUCAGUUUGUUGUGUUGAAGCUCAUUGAAGAGUUUUCUGAUUAAUCAGUCAUCCAGGUGUGGUGGUAGACUUCUUCCAGCUGGUCUGACUGUUUGUCUUCGUCCUCACAGUUUGAUCUCGUAAACACCAUCGGAGAAGCUGCCGCUCUGGGCGCUGCAGGAGUCGUUUCCUGGGGGGACAUGGACCUCACAGACACAGAGGUAAACCGUGGCACCUUUUAUGGAUAUCCUUCAACUGUUUUAACUCAUCUAAGAGUUUUGUAUGGUUGCUGAGAACUGCCACUGCUGCAAAUAGAAAAAGAAACGGUGCAGAUUUUCUUUAAAAAAAAAAAAAGCCACAACAGAAGUUAACCACGCAAAAAAAAAAAGUGGCGAUGCAAAAAAGAAAAAAACUUACGGCGAAAAUAAAAGGAUGCAAAAAACAAAAACAAAAAAUAAUAAUGUACCGGUGUUUUACGAUCCAGGCACAGAAGUGUACAUAAUCAAGAGUUUUUCCCAUAAUCCUGCAGGACUCUUGCUUUGAUGCUCGCCGCCACCUGGAGCAGGUUAUGAACCCGUACAUCCUGAACGUCACCACAGCUUCAGAGGUCUGCAGCAAGGCCAUCUGUCAGAGCCGGGGUCGCUGCGUGAGGAAGCACUGGAACGAGGACGUCUACCUUCACCUGGAUCCUCGGCGGUUCAGGAUCCAGCGGCAGCGUCGAGGCGGCCCUCUGACCGUGGUCGGCGGCCUCUCUCAGGAUGACAUCAACAUGUUUGACCGCAACUUUGACUGCAUGUGUUACAGCAAGGGGCCGUGCAGGUCGGUCCUCAUGAUCAAUGAAAUCCCCGAGGCUUUUGCAACCACGGGGAACCGAGGAGCUGACCGGCCUCGCUACCUUCUCCCGCUGGUUAUCCUGCUCUGCCUGAAGUUUGUCGUCAUGGAAAUACAAAGUUAG